GCCGGGAGCCCGGCCGCCGGGACAGCGGGCUGCGGCUGCUCCAGCCCCGCCAGGUUCCGGAGUCGUUUGGUGUUGGGUCCUCCCCUGCAACCAGCGAUCCCUCCCUAAGGCGCCCUGGAUGGAUUGCACUCUGCUGUAGGAUGUAUUUACUUCCCUCCUUCUUCCUUGUACGUCAUCCACAACUGGCCUCAUCUGAAGGUGCCUCCACCCUCCACCAUGAAUGAUGAUCAGAGACUACACAACAAUGCGGUAGCUUGGCUGAUCUGCUCGGGGGUCUCCGUUCUAGCCAACACCUGGGGGAUUCUGAGUGUAAGUGCCAAGCAGAAGAAAUGGAAGCCCCUGGAGUUCCUUAUCUGCACACUGGCUGGGACUCACAUCCUUAACAUAGCCAUCCCCAUUACAAUGUACUCUGUGAUCGAGCUCCGGCGGCAGCGCUCAGACUACGAAUGGAGCGAAGGCCUCUGCAAGGUCUUUGUCUCCACCUUCUAUACCUUAACCUUGGUCACCUGCUUCUCAGUCACCUCCCUGUCCUACCAUCGGAUGUGGAUGGUCCGCUGGCCAGUCAAUUACAGGUUGAGCAAUACCAAGAAACAAGCUGUUCACACUGUGAUGGGCAUUUGGAUGGUGUCCUUCAUCCUCUCCACCUUGCCAGCGGUUGGAUGGCAUGACACCACCGAGCGCUUCUACGCCAGGGACUGCCGCUUCAUCGUCACUGAGAUUGGCCUGGGCUUCGGCGUCUGCUUCCUGCUCCUCAUCAGCGGCAGCGUGGCGAUGGGCGUUGUCUGCACCAGCAUCGCCCUCUUCCAGACCUUCUCCAUCCAAAUGGGACACAGCGCCGACAGGAACAGGUUCAACGUGCCUGCCAUCGUGGUGGAGGACGCGCAGGGCAAACGGCGCUCGUCCAUCGACGGCUCCGAGCCCAUCAAGACCUCUCUGCAAAUCACCUACCUGGUCACCGGGAUCGUGUUCAUUUAUGAUUUCCUGAUGGGCUUUCCCAUCCUGGUGGUGAGCUUUGCCAGCCUGAAGUCUGACAUGUCCUACAGCUGGAUGGUCUUGUGUGUUCUCUGGUGCUCGGUCAUCCAGUCCCUGCUCCUCCCGCUCUUCCUCUGGGCCUGCGAUCGCUACCGAGCAGACAUAAGGUCCAUCUGGGAGAAGUGCGUGGCCAUCAUGUCCAACGACGACGCAGACGAAGAGACCAGCCUGGAUGGUGCAAUUCACACCGACUUGAUGUAUGAGAGGCCUUACGACUAUAACUACGGAGGGGACAUCUUAGCGCUGGAGCACAUUGCCAAGUACGACUUCUCGGCACUGGAGAGAGGAAUCCCUCAGGUGUAUCCUGUACGAUCGGUGCAGGAGAACAAAAUGCAGUAUCUGCAGGUCCCGCCGCUGAGGCGUUAUUCUCACGAUGAAACGGACAUUUGGACUACGGGCCAGAUUUCAGCCUACCUCCAGCGCUGGGGGGUGGGUGAGGACGCGGCCGGGCUGGCCCACCUCCUCAUCCCGCGGCAUGCACAGAGGAGGAGCAGCAGCCUGACCUCCUACCACGAGGAGCGGCUUCCCUACCGCAAGCGCCGGAAGUCUGCGGAGAGCGUCGUCUCGCUCCAGCCGCUCUCCCGUGAGGACCUGUACAAGUGCUUCAGCAAGGAGGAAGUGGUGAACUUCAUUGACGAGAGCCCCCUGCCCAGCCCCAGGAAAAGCCCCAGGCACUCGUCUUCCGUCUCCCUCCUCCCGGAGGCUUUUCUGCCCCAGGCCAGCGUGCGCUCCAACUUCCCUCUGACCGACUUUGAGCGGGAGCCGCAGGUGCUGCGCAGGUUCUCGGCGCAGGGGAAGGGCUGCACCCUCACUGUGCCCAGGCCUCUACGCGCCCAGGAGGACCCCAGAUGCCUCUUUCCCGAGGGAAACAGAAACCCCUGCAGGGGACAAAUUCCCUUCGAACUCGGGGAGGCCCAGGCACUAGACAGCCGCCCAGCAAGCAGCAGCUGCUCCGAGUCAGGGGGAUUUCGGACGAGUUUGAGCAUCUCCUGGGGGGAGCAGGAAAACCUACAGAAAGGUGGGAGCAAAGGAAGCAGCACCAGCUUUUUAAGCUCCCCUUCUGCUUCAUCUGGGUAUAUAACAUUUCAUUCCGACUCCAUCGGCUCGGCCUCCUAGGAGCAGGUGUGCUGGACCCCAACGCCACCUCUGCCGUGUGUGUUGGUUUUCUAUGGCUUUCCUCACGUCCUUCAAAGAGGUGGGCUUGGUUUAGUAACGGGAGCUGGGCAAAGCACCAAAGAAAUCCGACGUUUUCUCAUGCGUAAGAAAGGGGAGGCAGAGAGACUUGCUAGAGGAAUGUCUGAUCUGAGGACGGUGUAAAAAUGUUUGAAAUUCCUACUCAGGUGGACAAAACCACAGCACGGUCCUUCCAAACCUUUUCUGUGUGCGGAUGGCAGGGGGGGAUCGGAGCAGGUGCUGCAGCACAGAGCGAAUACUCUGCUUUAUUCCGGGCAGCAGGAUUGCGCCAUCUGUAAAAGGCUGGUAGGGGUUUAGCUGAACCCCAUGUUCUCUCCUGGUAUUUAUUAGUAGCUGUAACACGUGCAUCAUUUAUCUCUCUAGUGAUCGCUAACACGCUGCAUCCUCCUGUUCAGGCCGGGGUUGAAAGUUGAGCUCGCGUUUCCUUUAGAGAAGAAUAAAGGUAUUUCUCAUUUCAGUCAGAGCGGUUGGCUCACCAAGGGAAGCAGCCUUAUCUCCAAGGUGCGGUAGCCUGACACUACAGUGCCUAAUAGUGCGGGGCUGGUGUCUCUGUGUGUGUGUGUGUCUGUGUGUGUGACUGACUUAUCCAAGACCUGGCUUCCUCUCUGUCUGGGGAAAGGGGGAUUGAACAGUACGAACUGGCCCGUGUUCGUGCUCUGGGAACAGACUGAGUGCUGUUACAGAGUUGGGUUAGUCACGUGUGUGGUGAAUAACAGUCAGAUGGAAACAUGGGGCUCAGCAUAUGGCAGGUGAGAAAACAUUAUGGCAACACUCGGCUGAUGUUGUUGCUAGAGCGUGCUGUGCGUCUGGGCCAUCGCAAUGCAUCCAGGCUGCUCCAGACAGAAACAGCUGCCGCCUGAGCAGAGCAAACAGACUCAGUUUUGACAUUUAAAAAAAUUAGGGUGUUUUCUUCUUCCUCUAUUGAUAUGAUUAAAAACAAGACCAGCCAGAGAGUGCUCUGGGGUGACAAACUCAGCUUCCCCCCCCCACACACACAUUUGAGGGCAAGGCCUUUCUGAGGGCAGAAGAAUGGGGUGUGUUGUUCAGGGAACAUUGAUACACUGGGCAGAAUUCAGGCACUGAAAAGCUUUUGUCGCCAGCGAAAGGCUGAGUUAAUCGCCGACAAAACCAGUGUGUCUCUUCUGUCCUUUCUUGACUCUGUCUGUGAGCCACAAAGAGAGGUGGGUCAGGAGGGAAGAGGGGGCGACAUUUCCAUUUCAAUGGCAGUGUCCCAGCCUCUCGGUUAACCUGCUGUUCUGCUACAAUGCAGCUAACUCGGAGGAGUCGGGAUCACUGUGUUCUGCCUGGAGAAA